GUCGGUGAGGGGUUGUAGCAUGAAAAUAAGAGUCUGUAUGAGCAUUGCAGUUAACCAUUCAGAAAUGGCUAUAAUAUUGGUGUCAAGCCCGAGGCGAAUGUUCAGUUCGUUUCUCGCUUCCGCCUGUUAUUUUUCUGCUACAUGCGUCUGGAUUCUAGCACUUCAUUACACCAGUCUUACCCCUCUGUACUGAAUCAGUAUUCGACAUGAGUACCUUCGCAGCCUCAGAUCCCAGUACGAGUUACGAAUACCCGGUUCACGUAGGUACGUGGAUUAACUGGUCACGCGGAAGGGUAUUUGGUGCCACACUUACAGUGAACCGACGAGACGCCGAUCUUCUAAUCGCUUUCACAUCGUUUUUCAUCGCAUACGUUUCGACUCGUACAUGGAGGAUCUUAUGCUUUAUUCUUCACAGAGUUUACUCGACGCCAGGUCCUCAGGAUUCCGUCUAUCAUCAACGUCAGGCGAUAUUGCGCAAUUCAUCAUCUCCCGAAAGUGCCAUACAAUUGUUAUUCUUACUUUUUCAGUCCAAUUAUCUCAAGCUGAGAUGUUUUCGCCCAUUGCCAGCUGCUGCUGUUGCCGCAGUCUGUAUCAUCGUCUUUACGACGGCGGGUGGACUUUCUUCACAGGUUUCAACUGCAAUUGGUACCCAGGUCUUACUCGAAGGAACUCGAUGCGGGUAUAUCGAUGACCCAAGCCCCUGGGUAGAUAAAGACAGAUAUUUUAAAUACGUGUCUUAUCAAACCCAAAAGACCGAUAAUGCUGCCAACUACGCCCAGCAAUGCUACUCAGAUAAUACGACGAGUUUCUUGAACUGCAACCGUUUCAUUACCGAUAGGCUUGGUAGCAACAUUGAUGCCGACGCACCUUGCCCCUUUAAUGCAUCCAUAUGCCGAAAAGAUACUGGUAAUCUACGGUUGGACACGGGCUUUAUGGACAGCAAUGACCACUUAGGUCUAAACGCACCGGCCGACCAGAGAGUUUUGUGGAGGCAUGUUCUUCACUGUGCACCAUUGCAAACUACGGGCUACACUACAGACGUAAGCACACCCAAUAGUAGUUAUACCCUAUAUCAUUACGGCGUAUACGGUUCGGAGGACGAGUAUCAUAAUUACACCUACCUUGCAAAUUCAUUAGAAGCUGUGUAUAAUGAUGGGCUUCCUAGGAGAAAAGGAUAUGCGGAUCAUUUGGUAGAGUCGAUGCGCGCCGAUGUAAAAAAUGGGACCACAUAUUUAUCUGGUUCUGAUUUCAUACCGAUUGAUGCGCUGUUUCGCCAGGACGCAGAUACUCAUUUGGCGUUCCUCUCAGGGAAUGGUGUUUGGUACUUGGAUACUUCAACGGACGACUGGUAUCGCAUAGCAAAAGAGCCAACUAACGUCACUUGGGCUGGUGCCGAUCAAGACAUGAUCACACAAGUUUAUCUACCCUCGGAACCCGCAUCGCCAAUGGGUUGUGCAGAUCAAUAUCAAUUCUGCAACACUGGUAUCGAUGGCAUCGACGGGUGCGGCCCCUUAUCUAGCCUGCGGGAUGCAGUAGCCGGCGCUGCACCCCUUUUCAAUACUAGCUACGCGGAGUUCUCGACUUAUGAGGCUGAAUCAAAGCCGGGAUCACUUCUUGCAUAUUUCGGAAAUGUGUUCUUCUCUUUCGAUAUAACUGUAGAAAGCAUCCUGAGCCAGCUAGGUGGUCACGGGCUGCUAUCCCACAGAACUCUGAGUGGCGCGCAUCAAGGCCCAAUAGCAUCGAAUCAAUGGCAGCAAGAUUUCAUGCAACUAUGGGCCAUAUCACUCGCAUCAACUCAAAUGGCCUUCAUUGAUACUGCAGUUGGCCCUGCAGACGAUUCGCUGCUCUCUCUCUGGACAGACUAUGCAACACCUAACAGCAAUAAACUGUGUAAUAGCCAGAAAAUUCGAAGUACGGCACACGGAUCGUUCAGCCUCUUCGGUCUAUUUCUUAUAUUCACUCUCGGCAUAGUUCUCGUUCUGAUUUCGUAUUUAUUACAACCAGUGUCUGAGUUCCUCUGUAAAAGGAAGGGGUACAAGGCAUUCGCUCACUUGGAAUGGACAACAAACUCAGCUUUACAGCUCCAAAGGCUGGCACAUGAGGAGAUCGGAAUGGGCACUUGGAAUAAAUGCCUUGACACAAUCCCGGACACCAGAAAGGGUGAGCUUCUGGGUUCCCUAGACACGACCGACCUCGGGCACCCUGUUCUCCGCCCUAGUGCACAGAAGACUGUCGCUAUCCUGGACAAAGCCCCGAGUUUUGGAGAGACCGAUACCCUGAAUUCUUAGGCUGCAGGAACCACGAGCCCCUCAUCGGCCUCAAAUAAGCCUCUUCCGGAGGAAAGGACAGGUCAUGAGGAACAAGCGAUUAGACUCAGCUCGGGGAUAGAGAAGACUCUUAGCUCUAACAUGCAUUGUAAAUCACUAUUUGCUUCAACACGUUGGGUUUAUGAGUGGAAGAAACAGUGGGCUUUAUUGGCAGACUAGGGUAUUAUGAUUAUACGUAUAACCUGUAUUAUGGUAUCUCUUUAUGUUGAUCGGGUUCAAAAUAUGGACUAACGAAAUCGUGACUCUUCUUUUCAAGUGGACCCCAGAUUAUCAUUUUCAAUGUGCAAUGUUGAACACUCUGUACAAGACUGACUGGUAAUUCGGUUCCACUUAUCCUG